CGCUUGCUGCUCGCGCUUGGGCUCGCGAUGGGGAAGAAGUCCCGGGCGGUACCCGGCCGCAGGCCCAUCCUGCAGCUCUCUCCGCCGGGUCCUCGAAGCAGCACGCCGGGCCGAGACCUGGAGCUGGAACCCGACACGGAGCCGGACUCUACAGCGGCGCCGCCUAGCCAGUCAGCCCCUGUGGCGGCGGCGGCGGCGGCCGCGACCACGACCACGACCACGGCGUCGCCCUCAGUGCCUGCCGCCGCGGCCCCAGACGACCCGCCUUCGGAAGAUGAACAAGAAAUGGUGGUGGAGGUUCCCAAAGUUGUACCAAAUCCUCCCAAACCAGUUAUGACCACCAGACCCACAGCCGUUAAAGCAACAGGUGGUUUAUGUUUACUUGGUGCUUAUGCAGACAGUGAUGAUGAUGAAAGUGAUGCUUCUGAAAAACCAGCACAAUCCAAAGAGACAAAUGGAAACCAGUCAACUGAUAUUGACAGUACAUUGGCCAACUUCCUAGCGGUUAGUGUUGGAAUUGAGAUGGGAGAUUGGCAAGAAGUCUGGGAUGAGAACACAGGAUGCUAUUACUAUUGGAACACACAAACAAAUGAAGUAACUUGGGAAUUACCCCAAUAUCUUGCCACCCAGGUACAGGGAUUGCAACAUUACCAGCCCAGUUCUGUAACAGGUGCUGAAGCUAGUUUUGUGGUGAAUACAGAUAUAUAUGCAAAGGAGAAAACAAUUUCUGUUUCUGUUUCUAGUAGUAAAAGUGGACCAGUCAUAGCCAAACGAGAAGUUAAAAAGGAAGUAAAUGAAGCAAUUCAAGCUCUCUCUAACAAUGAGGAGGAGAGGAAAGGAGUGGCAGCAUCACUGCUUGCCCCUUUAUUGCCAGAGGGAAUAAAAGAGGAGGAAGAGAGAUGGAGAAGAAAAGUAAUUUGUAAAGAAGCAGAGCCAGUAUCAGAGGUAAAAGAAACGAGUACAGCAGAAGAAGAAGCAGUGACCACAGUAAAGCCACAGGAAGUUCUAAUGGACAGUAUAGAAGAUCCUUCUCAGGAAGAUGUUUGCAGCGUUGUUCAGUCUGGAGAAAGUGAGGAGGAAGAAGAACAAGAUACCCUUGAGUUGGAGCUAACUCGAAUUGCAGACUGGCGGGAAGGGGCACUUAAUGGAAACUACCUUAAACGAAAACUUCAGGAUGCAGCAGAACAACUAAAACAGUAUGAAAUAAACGCCACUCCUAAAGGCUGGUCCUGCCACUGGGACAGGGAUCAUAGACGAUAUUUCUAUGUAAACGAACAGUCGGGCGAGUCUCAGUGGGAAUUCCCAGAUGGUGAGGAGGAGGAAGAAAGCCAAGCUCAAGAAAAUAGAGACCUGACUCUUCCUAAAUCAGCUUUGAAAGACAAAAGUGGCACUGAUUCAAAUCCUACAGAAUCCUCUGAAAAUUCCACAGGUUCUCUUUGUAAAGAAUCCUUUCCUGGUCAAGUUUCCUCUUCAUCACUCAUGCCACUUACUCCAUUCUGGACCCUCCUUCAGUCAAAUGUGCCAGUACUUCAACCUCCAUUACCCUUGGAAAUGCCACCACCCCCACCUCCACCCCCAGAAUCCCCUCCUCCCCCACCACCCCCACCUCCUCCUGCAGAAGAUGGUGAGAUCCAGGAGGUAGAAAUGGAGGAUGAGGGAAGUGAGGAACCUCCUGCCCCAGGAACAGAAGAGGAUACUCCUCUGAAACCUUCCACACAAACCACAGUUGUAACUAGCCAGAGUUCAGUUGAUUCUACCAUCUCUAGUUCUCCUUCUACUAAAGCAAUAAAGAGGAAAGCCUCAGAAAUUAGUACUGCAGUGGUUCAAAGAUCAGCUACCAUUGGUAGUUCUCCAGUGCUCUAUAGCCAAUCAGCUCUUACCACAGGUCACCCUGCCACAGGGAUUGGACAUCAGGCUACAGGGAUUGGAUCCCAGGCAAUGUCAGUUAGCCAUCCAGCUGCAGGAAUGAGUCAUCAGGCCAGAGGAUUGAACCUGCAGUCAAAUUACCUUGGACUAGCAGCAGCAUCUACAAUUAUGACCUAUGCUGAAUGUUCUGUCCCAAUUGGAGUAACUACUCCGUCCUUACCGUCAGUCCAGGCCCGGGGUACUGUGCCAGCCACUGCCAUUAUAGAACCACCACCUCCUCCUCCUCCUCCUCCCCCUCCAACACCUCCACCACCACCACCAGCUCCCAAAGUGCCACCACCAGAGAAGGUGAAAAAAGGAAAGAAAGAUAAGACAAAAAAGAGUAAAACAAAAAUGCCAUCUUUGGUAAAGAAGUGGCAGAGCAUCCAGCGUGAGUUGGAUGAAGAAGAGAACUCAAGUUCUAGUGAAGAGGAUCGGGAAUCUACUGCACAGAAGCGAAUUGAAGAGUGGAAACAGCAACAGCUGGUCAGUGGCAUGGCAGAAAGGAAUGCUAACUUUGAAGCCCUUCCUGAGGACUGGCGAGCAAGACUGAAAAGGAGGAAAAUGGCUCCAAACACAUAGUGGUUUUUUUGUAUUUUUUUUAAAUUUAGUUUUGUGUUGUCUUAACCAGUUUUACUGUUGUCAAAUAAAUUAUAAGUGUUACUGAGGAGAGCCUUUCUUGGGCCAGGAGCAUAUGUUCACAAAGUUGUCCAUUCAUGAAAUGUAAUUUUUCUGUUUGCUGAAGGUGAGGUGAUUAGAAUUGCUCUAAUGUGGCUACUUUUAUUCUCACAGGCAGUCUUAACAUGUUAGUAUCAAUCUUGAAAAAUAUGUAGCUUGUGAGCAUGGCAUUUCAGUAGGGGACUUGACAAAAAGUGAAGGAUUUUCCUGCCUAUUAGAUCUUAAUUGAAUUCCCAUUUGACACACUUCAUUAACUUCCACUCCAGAACAAGUUCAAUUAAGAAGGCAACUUUUUAUUCUACUCUGCUUGGAUCUCUCUUUGACCUCUUUAGUCUGCCCAGAGAUGUUGAGGUCUGUCUGAUGGCCAGCCUUAGAAGUAAAUCUUUUCUCAUAAGUUCCAGGAUUUGACACACUAGGUAGCAUAUUUAAAUUUUAAGUACAGGCAGGAAUAGCAGCCAUGGGCGUUCAUACCUUUAUUUUGAAAUUUUUCCCUUGUGAAAAAUAUGUGACAGUGUAACAGUAGCCGCUCUAUGUAUUAUGUUUCCAUUGUUCUUGCAUAUUCUAAAAUUUACCUUCCUUCUGUGUGUGAAUGUAUUUUCCAUAAAAUUCCAGUAUUUAGAAAAUAGUUCAUUGUCUGUACUAUCACAAUCAGGUAAAGUCACUUUAAACUGAAGAAAAGCAAAUUUGUGUUCAAAGCUAUUUGUAUUUCUCCAGAUUCUGACCUUGUAAAUAUGUAUAUAUGCACUAAUAAAAGUCUUUUUAUACUCCUGAUUGGUUAUCCUAUUCCUCGUUAAACUGUUAUUCCACAAUUAUGUAACCAGGACUUAUUUUACUCAAUUCUUAAUUGCUGUUUUCUAUUCAAAUGUGGUGCAAGGUAUGCACAACUGAACAAACAUUCAUGAAGAAGCUAGCAGUAUCUUGGGGGUGGGGGGAUGUAGAAAAAUAGGCCUCUAGCACCAGAUGGUGCUCAGUUUCUGGAGCUUAUACCCUAUUUAUAAAAUUUGACCUACUUAAGUCCUGGAAAUGAUGUAAUGUGGUUAACAUUCUGAAAAAUAUAAAGGUGCUUUAAAGGCUUUUUUCUUCUUACGUAUACAAAGGUGAUUAUAAAAGUAAUGUAUACUUAAUAGUUGUAUAUAAUUGACCAAAGACAUUAGUUUAAAUCUUAUAUCCACAUAUUCCUAUGCAUAUAAUUAAAUUUUUUUAACCUGGUCAUUGUCAUGUAUGAUAGUGUGUUGAAUUUUUGUUUACCAUAGUGAAUAUUGGGAUACCUGUUUUGUAUAUAAAAUUCUUUUGUUACUUGCUUAGAGUAAAUUUAUGCAAAUAAAUAAGGUUAUCAACUA